AUGGCCCAGAAACGGAACCCUAAGGUGCAGAUCUCAACCCAAAAAGGAACGGUGGUGACUACACAACAAAAUUUACCAGUAGCACAACCGGAAGGAACCAAGAGAGUGGUGACCCCAGAGACCGGAGUACCUCAAGACCUUGCUCCGAUACAAUUGGGACAAUGGCUGACGGAGGCGAGUUCAUCUAAGGUACAACAGGCUCCGACCAAAGGAGUUCCGCUAAGACAUCAGCUCCCACCGGCGAGGGUGACUCCAGAUGCCACAAUAGACAUCGAAACUGAAACAGGGGCGAACCAAGCAACGAGAAAGCUCACUUUCUCAGCUGAUAGUGCAGCCGCUGCUAAGAAUGAGACCCGACGUAAUAAUCGAGCCCCAAAUCGAGGUAAGAAACUUAGCUACUUUCCUCCGGUGCUGAAGGAUGGCAAUAAGGUUGUUAAAUUGAACCUAUCGGAGCUGGAAUCACAGAAAAGGAAGUGGGAUAAUGCUUUAAUUGGCUAUGUCGUUGGCAAAAACCCUCCGUUUAAACAGAUGCUUAAAUUUGUCUAUGCCAUAUGGAAUUUUGUUGAAACGCCAAGGGUGUUCUUACACGAGGAGGGAUACUAUAUCUUUAAGUUUGCAAAUGAGCAGGAUAAGAUGGAUGUUCUUCAAUAUGGGCCAUAUACAUUUGACUAUCGACCUAUGGUGCUCAAACAGUGGACUACUAGCUUCCAGAUGGGAAGGGAAUCGAUUAGACAAAUGCCGUUGUGGGUGACAUUUCCAAACUUACCUAUUGAGUACUGCUUUACUGAGAAUCUUGGUCGAAUAGCAAGCUUCAUUGGUAACCUUAUUUGCACAGAUAGACUAACUACUGAAGAGGAACGAUUGUCCUAUGCUAGAAUACUGAUAGAAUUGGAUGUUACACAACCUUUACCUAAGCAGAUGCUAAUUGAGGAAGCAAAUGGUAAAUAUAAAACCCAGUUAUUGGACUAUGAAUGGUGGCCAGAGUACUGCCAGGACUGUAUGUGUCUUGGACAUGUUACACAGAAAUGCCCGGUUAGCCAAGCAGCUACUGCAAAGACUGAUAAAGCACCACCAAGGGUUGUAGCACCAGCUAGAAGGAGCAAACAAGUACCAACACAGUGGCAAGAUAAAGAUGCACCAAAUGUCCAAGCUGACUCUUCCAUGCCUGAAAUUCCACCUGAGGCUGCCAUCCCAAUUGAGAAAGGGGGGCAAGAGGACGCACUUGGGAAUAAGGUUCAACCAUUAACUAGCAAGGCAAGGGACAAAGAGAAACAACCGGGUGAGACAGUCGCAACAACCAGUGACACACAAAAUGCAACAUCGAGCCUAAUAGUGCAGACAGUAGCAAUGUCUUACAAGGGUAGAGCUGAUAAACUGAGAAAAUAUUUGGGAACUGAAUGGACUUUUUAUGUUGAUUACAAUGUAGAACCAAAUGGAAGGAUCUGGCUAUGCUGGAAACAUCAAAAUGUACAGCUGACAAUACUAGAAGCUCAAACACAAUCAGUUCAUUGCUAUAUUGAAGACAAAGGGUCAACAUUUAAGGCUUAUAUGACUUUUGUCUAUGGAUUGAACACAAAUUCUGGAAGAAAGGAUAUACGGACACACUUGAGAAUGCUGCAUACAAAUAUGGUGGAACCCUGGCUCAUAUUAGGUGACUUCAACACUGGAUUAUCAGUCCAUGAUAGGUUAAAUGGAGCACCAGAGAGGUUUAUAGAGCUAGUCAGCCAGGUAUGGAACCAGAACAUAGCUGGUCACACUAUGUUCAGAGUUUGGAAGAAGCUCACAACAAUUGGAACACAGGCCAGGAAAUUGAACAAAGAAAUGUCAUCUCUGGAGUCUAGAAUUAAAAAUCUAAGGGAGCAGCUACUAGAGGAUGGCAUUUAUGAACAAGUGCUGAGACAAAAGUCAAGGGCAACCUGGAUUGCACAUGGGGACUCAAACAUUAAAUUCUUUCAUGCACACCUUAAGGCCAGGCAGACUAGAAAUAGAAUAGCCUCCAUCUGUGAUGAACAAAGUGUAAGGAUUACUGACCCUGCCUUGAUCCACCAGGAAUUUUUUACUUUCUUCAAGCAACUGCUGGGUACAUCUGCAGCUGAAUUACCUUGUCUUGACCCCAAUAUUGCCAGGGAUGGACCAUGCUUAACACUUGAUCAACAAAGGCAGCUGCUAGUGCCUGUCACCAGAGAAGUGAUACUUAAUACAUUGCAUAGCUUGCCCUGUGAUAAGUCACCUGGAGUGGAUGGAUUCCCAGCAGAAUUCUUCAAAGCAUUUUGGCCUGUAAUAGGAGAAGAGGUCACAAAUGCUAUUUUACAAUUCUUUGAGAAUGGAAGGUUGCUUAGGAGUAUAAAUUGCACAACUAUUACGUUAGUACCUAAGGUAACCACCCCAAAUUUUGUUAAAGAGUUUAGACCAAUAGCUUGUUGUUCCACUAUAUACAAGCUCAUUGCUAAGAUCAUGACUACUAAGUUGAAGACUGUGGUAGACUACCUAGUAGGGCCUUCUCAAUCAGCGUUUAUAGAAGGAAGGAACAUACUUGAUAAUGUAGUUGUGGCACAUGAGCUAGUAAAGGGCUAUGGGCAAAAGCAUGUGUCACCAAGAUGUUUCAUGAAGAUAGAUAUCAGAAAAGCAUAUGAUUCUGUGGAGUGGGGCUUUCUAAAAAUGGUUCUCAUUGAAUUUGGGCUUCCUAAUAGAAUGGUGGAGUGGGUUAUGACAUGUGUUACAACUGUAAGCUAUUCCUUGGUGAUUAAUGGUGGGCUGACUGAGAGGUUCCAAGCAAAAAAAGGCCUCAGACAGGGUGACCCUAUGCCACCUUACUUAUUUGUCCUUGUCAUGGAAUAUCUAAAUAGGUCCCUUAAACAACUGAGACAUGACCCUAACUUAAAUUACCAUCCAAAAUGCUCAAGGCAGGAACUGGUCCACAUUUGUUUUGCCGAUGACUUAAUCAUGUGCUGCAGGGCAGACAAGGGAUCCAUACAAUUAAUGAUGAAGGCUUUUGAACACUUCUCCUUUGUCUCAGGACUACAGGCUAACCUACACAAAAGUUCUUUCUAUGUUGCUGGAGUUACAGAUGAGUUUAGAGAUCAGAUCCUUCAGGAAAUGAGGUUUACAUUGGGAAUUUCUAACACUGAUCCAAUUACUCACCUGGCACAGUUCUCAGUUGGAGGAAGGUUCAGUAUUAAGCAAGCUUAUGUCUCCUUUAUUCCUCAGCUUCCUAGAGUACCUUGGAGGAAUUUGAGAAGGAUAGGGACCUGGGCAGAAGAAAUUGGUUGGCUCUCAAAGGCUGUCAACAACACGAGGCCACGAGCAAACAUAUUGGGAUUUAUAGCAGCUGCUACCGUAUACACCAUAUGGGUUGAAAGAAAUGCAAGGAGGUUUCAAGCUAAGGCUAGAUCAAAUGUGCAACUCAUCAGGGAUAUCAUUUUGCAGUUGCAUAGCAGAGGACAGAACCAGUGCAAAUGGAGUAGAAUGCUGCCUAGUUUGAAUAGUUAUCCUGUAUAG